UGAGACACGGCCAUUUUCAGCUUUCAGACAGCGCCUGUGCUCAGAAGAGCGCACUGAAUAGUAGGCAUGACGGAGGCCGAUCCUGCGGUGAAAUGCGGCCCUCCCGACUACAAGAAGCUGGCGCGGCUGUACUGCAUGAACGGAGGAUUUCACCUGCGGCUCGCGGCGGACGGAGCCGUGGCUGGAGCGCGAGAGGAAGACGAUUACAGCAUACUGCGCAUAAAAGCUACUAGUCCAGGAGUGGUGGUCAUUGACGGAGCAGAGACAGGACUUUACCUCUCUAUGAAUGAAGACGGCAAGCUGUACGCUUCAUCAUUAGUAACAGAUGAAAGUUAUUUCUUGGAGAGGAUGGAGGAAAACCACUACAACACGUAUCAGUCUCAAAAGCACGGUGAAAACUGGUACGUCGGGAUAAAAAAGAACGGAAAAAUGAAACGCGGUCCAAGAACACACAUUGGACAAAAGGCGAUCUUCUUUCUCCCUCGACAGGUGGACCAGACAAAGGACUGAAGCCUGGAACCUGGUCAUAUUUCAUCACACAGAAUAACUGCUAACACUUUACAAUAAGAUCCCAUUUGUAAACAUUAGUUAACUACUGUUCAUUUCAUGGACCUAAACGAACAUAAACUAACAAGAAAGUUACAUUUUCAUUAUCUAAUGUUAGAAAAUAGAAAUAAAUACUGUAUAUUUACUGUAGAAAAAAUACUGUAAUAGAUGUAUUGCUCAUUGUUAAUGCAUCAGAUAACUAAUUAUUAGGACAUUAUUGUAAAGUGAAUCACUACAUACAUAACCCACUGUUAAUCACAGGAUUACUCCACUAACUACACAUGAAUCGCAUCCAACUCACUGUCAGACGGCUGAAUAUACAACAGAUGCAGACGAACAGAAGUUUAGAUGGAAACUUUACUAUUUAAAUAUGCACUGACAAAGAAAGAUAUAGAUUAUAGAAAACUACUAUAAUAGUAAUCUUUUUAUUUUUAAAUUGUAAAUUGAGUUCUUCAGUCCGAACAAUCUUAAAUGACAUUUCAUGUUGUAUUUUCUUAUGGUUAUGUAAUCAUGUGUGUCUGAUUGCGUUUCAUUUUUCUGUUCAUGAGCAACGUUAUUGUGCUGUCAUUGCACCUUUCUGGAUCAUGUUACACAAUAAAUCUCCUCA